AUGGCUAACCAGCCUCCUAACCCCGCCAAUGCAAACCUCAACAUCAACCUUCCUCCACCAUCACUAUCUUCAAAUUCUAGCGCGCCAUUCACUCCUCGAUCAGCAUCAGUUGCGGAUGAUUCCGAUGCUGAAUUUGACCCAACACCGCUUCAAAGCCCAAGAGGCGGACCAGAGUACGAUGAUUUGCCACCUUCGUAUGACGAGGCGCAACAUCAGGCUGUCAGCGAUGCACGUAAUGGCGUAACACCAUUAGAUCCAAACCAGAUUGAAGCCCAUCGUUUGACUUUAAACGAAGGACCCGACCAACCGGAGAUCUGGGAGUAUCGAAUCAGAGGGGAAGAGCUGGAUGCAGAGAAUGAACAAGCACCAGAAUAUGGUAACAUCACGAACCAUCAUGAGACAGCCAUACCUAUUCAACAUGUCGAGACAAGUACAAAUAUUCCAGUUGGACAGACUGGGGCCAGAGACCUGCCUCCAGACGUUAUGCCAGAUCGGACCGCAGAAUUACUCAGUCAAGCGUUGAACUUCGCACGCCAUGAGCCUGAUGCGGAUGCUCAAUACGCGCCGAGACUUACCAGACGUAUUGCCAUCCCUCAGCAAGCCAGUCCUGGAGCAGAAACCAAUACGGUUCAAUUUCUGAGAGCAUAUGCCAAAGCUCUACAUGCACAUUCUAUUCGGCCAGCAGAAUUCUCCGAAUUCAUCGACGGGUUGAACUCUUUGUGUGUAGCUUCAGGCAUAACGGUGGACGAUCUACUCUCGUCAGCGUCUACUGCUGGUGCUACAUCUGACAUUGUACAAAACUACAUUCGAAGCGUGAAUGAAGUCUUCUUUGCUCCUCGAGGGCUGAGAGUCUCGCUCCGGUCGCUUUCCGCGCUCAUCAAUGCUCUUGCUAUACCUACGGAGAGGGGCCAGCGAGCAGGCGCUGUUGCAGGCGCCGCCGAUGACGCCAGUACAGCAGAGAGAAGAGCCCAGUCUCUUCACCCGUGGAUAGAAGCCAUUGAAACGAACGUACCUGAAUCAAGUACGCACUCUUUAGUGCUACGCGAGAUGGCUGAGAGAAGGAGCGCGCACACCAAGACUGCGUCAAGCUCCAGCCAAAAGCCUGAGCUUGAGGAUCCGCCACACUCUAGCCUUGAAGAAGUGACUGAUCCAAAUACCCAACCCGGACAUGAGCAUCACUCUCGGCAUGCUAGUGGAAGAGGUGGUCACCACGGCCCGCACGGUACUCACGGCCAUGGACCAUUUGGAGGACCGGGCAAUUGGCCGUUCGGUGGUCCUGGUCUUGGGCCUUUUGGAGGACCGGGCAAUGGUCCGUUCGGUGGUCCUGGUCUUGGGCCUUUUGGUCACUCAAGACGAGGUCGUGGUGGUCGAGGCCGUGACUCUCACAGUGCUGCUGAACGCGGCGCUCACAGAUCUCCCAGAUACGACCGCGGUCAGGCUUGGGAACACCCGCGCAGGUCCGGACCACCUAGGCCUGGCGAUGACUGGGCUCAAAUUGCUAAGAACUUUGGCCAAAUGGGCGAAGAAUUUGGGAAGAGAAUGGGGGACUGGGGGCGAGCAGUUUGGCAAGCAAGCAAGCGCUUGGGGUCAAAAUGUUGGUGA